AUGAAUAUGAAUAUGAAUAUGGAUAGGAAAAUGAGCAUGAAUGUGAAUAUGAAUAUGAAUAUGAAUAGGAGCAUGAACAUGAAUACGGAUAUGANACUGAGGGAAGUUCAAUAUGAAGAUCUACCGAAUAAACAUCACUACUUCACCAUGAGUCGUCACGGUGUUACCUAUUGGCAUUUGUCGGAGAACUUUUUCACACCGCUCACUCAAUGGCAGCAGGAGUUUCAACAAUUUCUAAGCAUAAUUAAAAUACAUAGUUUUGCUGUGUUUCGUAUGUGGAAGGGUUUCAAGGUAUGGGAGAAGACGGUCAAGUGGCGCAAACAGAACGAUGCACGCGCCUACCUCAGUGAUCACCUAUUCAUUGCAAUACCACCGCUAGCCAGAGCAAUUCUGCAAUUUCGUGCCGAUAUUGUACAGCUGAACAAGCUAUCGUUCGUUAAUGUUGCAGUUAUUGAAGAAUGGCAUCCAUUCUACUUUCUGGAGACGCAGAUGCGUGUGUAUGAACGCAUGAAAGCUACGCUGCGCGAUUUUCGCGAACGUUCCAAAAAGAUGUUGUUUGAUGCCUGCACUUCUGCCAUUGUGGAGCGUGGCUUCUUUCCAACAGACGAGAUCAAUUUUUUUCCAUCCAUUAAAAAAAUGAAGGAGGCAAUGAAUUUUACAGAUCGUGCAAAGAAACGCAAUUUUUGCAAGAUGCUAUCAAACUUCCUAAGUUACUGUGACAAUUUGAUGUUCCACAUGUUGCACCAAUUGACUGCCAACAGUUUUCAUCGUUUGGCCGAGUCAAUGGAAGCGCAUCACAUGGUAGGGCCAACUAAGGAGGAGUUGCAGGAGAAUCUAGCCGUAGAUGUGCAAAUCGAAAAUCCUCGACCGGAAAAUAUGCCAAUGAAUCCCUUCUUCAUUGCUGAGUUAUAUAUGCUAACAGAUCGUAUAGAUGUGGACCCAUCUGAAGAGUCAUUGAAAUACAUUUUCCAACGCAUUUGCUCACUGAUAUUGGAAACGGUUACUGAAAUGGAGAGUUUUACCGAUGACAAGACAUUCAAUCAAUACACAGUACCUUCAAUCAUGGGCCGCCAAGAAGAACGCUUAGCAAUGACCGCACCAGAUCUAAAUUUCCUUCUACGCACGGAUGUACGAUUUCAGAAUGAGCGUAAACUCAUCUUCGCUUACAUACGCAACGCUUACGAGAAGGCUAUGCUCUAUGCAGCACGUUUUGAAACUAUACGAAACAAUUAUGAGAUCGAUACGACUACAGAUCCGAAAACGCUUACAUCAGAACGAGAAUUAGAGGCACUACGCACUUACUGUAAUCGUUAUACCAACAACGUACGCGCAUUGGAUGGCAUUUUGUCGGUGGUUAAUUUGGGUCUAUUGAAGUUGACGCAAACAAGUUUCAAAGAAACUGUCACGCCGAUUUGUCAAAGUCUAUCGAACGUUCUGAAUGCUUAUAUACCAAAACUAGCUGCCGAAGAGGUGGAUCGCAUCACACAAGAAGCGCACGAUUUUAUUGGCAUCAUUAGUGCAGAACCAGAAACUACUUUGGAAAUUGUCGAGCACAUACGAGAGCUGGAACGUAUCGAUGAAAAUUUAAAUAAACUUUUCGAAGCGGUUGAUUAUGCGCACGAUCUAUAUAUGAUAAUUAAAGAAUUCGAGAUACCAUGCGAUGACGAGCGGCAUGAAGACUACAUGGAUUGUGAAGAUUUGGUAAACCGGGGUAGCGAGCUACUGAAAGAAACACAGGCAAGACGUCCGGAUUUCAUAAACCAAUUAAAUCAGCGCAUGCUGGCAGAUAUCGACGUAUUGAGAGAGGAAAUACACGACAUAGCGCUUGGUGUGCAAAUUUCCGAAUUAUUGGAUAUAAAUACAGGCAGCAAAAAAGCCAAAGGCAUACUGGAUGACUUGAAUCAGCGACUCAGCGCUUGCAAGGAACGCGUGGAAGAAUACAUUGGCUAUCAAAAGGAAUUCAAGAUUGACAUUUCACAAUUCCUUGAAAUGGAUGAUACAUUCCUUGAGAUAAGAAUGCGCAAUAAUCUUUGGCAAUCGCUGGAUGAAUGGGAUGCAGCUUUGGAUAGUUGGGUCAACAUGGAAUUCAAUCAAUUGAAUGUAGAAGAAAUGAAUAAUCUGAACAUGAAAAUAAUCAAAAAUUGCCUGCAAUUUGAGAAAUAUCUACCAGAAAAUAACAUCGUACCGAAAAUGAAAUCGUCCGCCGAUGAAUUUAGAGCAAAGCUACCUGUUAUUGGAUUCCUGCGCAAUCCGCAUUUCAAGGCGCGUCACUGGACCCAUAUCGAGAGUACGCUGAAUAUACGCGUUUACCAAGAGGAGGGCAUACGCAUAUCCACCUACGAGACAGCUGGCGCAAUGGAACCAGAGAAAGCGGCACAGCUGAUGGAGAUUUCAUCACAAGCCACAGGCGAAUCACAGCUCGAAGUAAUGUUAAAGAAUAUUGAAAAUAUAUGGAAGGAAACCGAAUUGACGAUCGUGAAUCAUCACGAUCAAAAAGAUGUCUUUAUAUUGGCUGGCACGGAGGAAUUACAAGUAAUUUUGGAUGAUUCAACUGUGAAUAUCAAUACAGUUGCAGCAUCGAAGUUCGUUGAGCCCAUUAAGUCGAAAGUGCAGGAGUGGAUUGAACAAUUGGAGCUGUUCAAUGAAAUGUUAGAGGUUUGGUUAAAUUGCCAGACAACGUGGAUAUAUUUGGAAGCUAUCUUCUCUUCGCCCGAUAUACAGCGUCAGCUACCGCAAGAGGCAAAAAUGUUCUUCACCGUCGACAAGAGUUUCAAAAACAUUAUGCGCAACGCAAAGAAGAUUUCACUAGCUUUGCCAGUUAUGACUGAGCGCAAUACGUUCGAUGCGCUCAAUGAAAAUAAUCGCUUGCUAGAUUUGAUUAGCCGCGGUCUAGAGGCUUAUCUCGAGGUGAAACGUGUAGUUUUUCCUAGAUUCUAUUUCUUGUCCAAUGAUGAACUGCUCGAGAUUUUGGCGCAAACACGUGUCCCUCAGGCGGUACAGCCACACUUGCGCAAGUGCUUCGACGCUAUCUAUCGACUGGAAUUUGGACAGAAGGAAAGUGGUGAUGGUGGCAAAAUGAUACCCACAAACGACAUCAUAGCCUUCAUCUCACCUGAAGGUGAAAAGUUGCAGUUCGGUAAGGGUCUAAAGGCGCGUGGCGCAGUCGAAGAGUGGUUGAGCAAAGUCGAGGAGGCAAUGUUUAUUGCUGUGAAGCGAUACAUGCGCUUCGGUUAUCAGUGCUAUCCGGCUAAGGAGCGUGAUGAAUGGUUUCAGGAUCAUCCGAAUCAAGUAGUGCUAACAGUGUCGCAGCAACGAUGGGCCGCCGAUAUUCACAUGAUAUUGGACAAUAAUAAAAUCGGUUCAGCCAUUAAGAUUACCAAAUUGAAAGAGUUUGAGAAAAAGUGUUACAAAAAUUUAGCUGCCUUAGCGGCUAUGACACGAAGGGAUAUCUCUUCGCUGUUGCGGAAAAUACUUUGUGCGCUUAUAACUAUCGAUGUGCAUGCUAAGGACUCAGUCACAUUAUUACUCGAGAAAGAAGUGACAAAAAACACUGACUUCAAUUGGCUAAAAAUGUUACGCUUCUACUGGGCCUACGACACGGAUACUGUCUAUACACGCAUGGCAUCCGCCAACAUACCCUACUACUACGAGUACUUAGGCGCAGGCGGUGUGCUGGUAUUGACGCCACUCACAGAUCGUUGCUAUCUCUGUCUGAUGGGCGCCUUGCAAAUGGAUCUAGGUGGCGCACCAGCCGGCCCAGCUGGUACGGGUAAAACCGAGACCACCAAGGAUUUAGCGAAAGCCGUAGCCAAGCAAUGCGUCGUCUUCAAUUGUUCGGAGGGCUUGGACUAUAAAAUGAUGGGUCGCUUCUUCUCUGGCCUAGCACAGUGUGGCGCAUGGUGCUGUUUUGACGAGUUCAAUCGUAUCGAUAUCGAAGUUUUAUCCGUCAUUGCGCAACAAUUGAUCACUAUUCGAAAUGCAAAGGUCAUAAAUGCGAAACGCUUCAUAUUUGAGGGCCGCGAAAUUAAACUGAAUAAAUCUUGUGCCGUUUUCAUCACAAUGAAUCCCGGUUAUGCUGGACGCACAGAGUUGCCCGACAAUCUAAAGGCCCUCUUCCGACCCAUGUCUAUGAUGGUACCCGAUUACGCACUCAUCUCUGAAGUCAUCCUCUACUCGGAGGGUUUUGAAAAUCCUAAAAUUCUGGCUCACAAAAUGGUACAGAUGUACAAAUUAUGCAGCGAACAGCUCAGUCAACAGAAUCACUAUGAUUUCGGCAUGCGCGCCGUCAAGUCGGUGCUGGUUAUGGCUGGCGCUCUGAAGCGUGCCGCACCCGAUCAACGCGAGGAUAUUACGCUAAUCGCAGCGCUACGCGACUCCAACAUACCGAAGUUUUUGGCCGAUGAUGCCGGUCUGUUUCGUGGUAUACUUAGCGAUUUGUUUCCCGGCGUCGAGCUACCAGAUUCAUCUCAUCCCAGCUUGGAGGAGGGUAUGAUUGAAGGUUUGAAGCUGAAAAAUUUACAACCGGUAGCAAUUACCCUGCGCAAGGGCAUACAAUUGUACGAGACGAUGUGUGUGCGUUGGGGUGUAAUGCUGGUGGGACCGACAGGUGGCGGUAAGACGACGGUGCUGCAUAACCUUGCUUUCGCCUUGGGUUAUUUGUAUGAGAAAGACGUGCCCGGUCCAAACUUUCGGCCAGUUACGAUGCAGACAAUGAAUCCGAAAGCAGUGCACAUAAAUGAGCUAUACGGUUAUGUGGAUUUGAAAACGCUCGAAUGGCAAGAUGGCCUACUGGGCUUAGCUGUGCGUACUGCGGUGAAUGUGGAAGAGGAAAUACACCAGUGGAUAAUUUGUGAUGGUCCCGUGGACGCCAUUUGGAUCGAAAAUUUGAAUACCGUCUUGGAUGACAAUAAAAUGUUGUGUCUGGCGAAUUCCGAACGCAUCAAAUUAACCGCUUGGGUGCAUAUGGUUUUCGAAGUGCAAGACUUAGCACAAGCCUCACCGGCCACUGUCUCCCGCUGUGGUAUGGUUUAUGUCGAUCCCGAAGAUAUGGGUUGGCUGCCAUUGGUCGAUUCGUGGAAGACUAGCGACAUCGAGAAGAAGUUAACCGCUGAACAAAUGGAAUUUCUCUAUCAACUCUUCAUCAAGUAUUUCAGCGAACAAUUGAAGCUGGCGCUCAAACAUGGUGCUUACAUGAUACAUCAAGUGACCAGCGCCAAGGUUCAGUUGCUGUGCGAACUAUUGGCUUCACUGAUUGAACAGAAGAAGUGGACUAACGUCAGCGAGCGUAUACCACGGAAGCUUGUGAAUUCGCGAUGGAAGACCGUCGAAGAGGCAUCAGUACGCUAUUACAAAGAAAUGAAACGGCAUUACUAUACCACACCUAGCAGCUAUUUGGAACUGCUUAAACUGUAUCAAAACUUAUUAAAGGUUAAAUCCGAUGAGAUAAUCGCCAAACGAAAACGUAUUUCUAAUGGCUUGAAUAAAAUACUGGAGACCAACGAUGUUAUCGCUGUCAUGCAAAAAGAAUUAGAAAUUAUGGUACCACAACUGGAUGAAAAGUCGGCGAUUAUGAAACAAUUGGUGGAUCGUCUCAACGCCGAUACCAAACAAGCGGAUCAGGUGAAAGAGGGCGUAUUGCGCGAUGAAACUGUGGCUAAGGAGAAGGCUGCCGUCUGCCAAGUGAUAUCUGAUGAUGCUAACAAAGAUUUGGAAAUCGCUAUGCCAGCUCUACGCGAAGCAGACGCAGCAUUGAAUGGCUUAACGAAAGCAGACAUCAAUGAGUUGAAAUCCUUCACCACGCCACCCGCACUGGUACAGUUCACCAUGGAAGCGGUGUGCAUUUUGAUGGGCUCUAAAACCGAUUGGGCCUCAGCUAAACGUAUAAUGGCUGAUGUGAAUUUUCUGAAGCGGCUGUUUGAGUACGACAAGGAACACAUCAAGGAGGAUGUGCUCAAGAAGCUAAAGAAAUAUAUUGAACACAAGGACUUUUUGCCUGCGAAAUUGGAAAAAGUAUCGAAAGUCGCAUCCUCUGUUUGCAUGUGGGUGAUCGCUAUGGAUAAAUUCUCAAAGGUCUACAAAGUAGUCGAGCCAAAGUUGAAGCGCAAGGAAGCGGCAGAUGCCGAACUGAAGGACAUUAUGACCGUACUCAAGCAAAAACAAAAAGAACUGGCGGCUGUUGAAGCUAAAAUUCAGGCACUACAAGAAGACUUGGAGGAGAAAAAUCGGGAAUUCAAAACCAUACAGGAUGCUGUCGACUUAACAUAUGGUCGCAUCAAUCGCGCCGGUCGCCUAACCUCCGCUCUGUCUGAGGAAGAAAUACGCUGGAAGGAAACUGUGACGAUGCUGACGGAGGAUUUGAAAAGUGUACCAGGUGACGUUUUGGUUUCCGCCGCUUGUGUCGCUUAUUUGGGUGCUUUUUCGACCCAGUAUCGCGAUGAGAUGUGCGCACAAUGGGUGGCCAAGUGUCAGGAGCAUAAAAUACCAUCAAGCGGUGAGUUCCUCUUAGUCAAAGUGCUCGGGGAUUCAUAUGAAAUGCGCCAAUGGACCAUGGAUGGUUUGCCCAAGGACACAGUUUCGAUUGAGAAUGGUCUCUAUGCGACACGUGCACUACGUUGGCCGCUUAUGAUCGAUCCGCAGGAGCAGGCUAAUCGCUGGAUUCGCAACAAGGAAAGGGCAAACGGCCUGAUUGUAUGUAAGAUGACGGAUGGUAAUUUAUUGCGUACACUUGAAAACGCUGUGCGCCAGGGAUUUCCAGUGCUACUGGAGGAUAUAGACGAGAACAUUGAUCCCUCUAUACGACCAAUCCUUCAGCGUGAAACUUACGUUUUUGAGGGUCGCGUCUAUUUGAAGCUGGGCGAUGUGGUCAUUGACUAUGAUCCACAUUUCAAACUGUAUAUGACUACGAAAUUGGCGAAUCCACAUUAUUUACCAGAAAUUUGUAUCAAUGUGACGCUGGUGAACUUUUUGGUAACAGAAAGUGGGCUCGAGGAUCAGCUGUUGUCUGACAUUGUGGCCAUUGAACUGCCUGCAAUGGAGAUUCAGCGCAAUGAUCUGAUUGUGAAGAUUAACACAGACAAGCAACAGUUAUUGGCGUUGGAGGAUAAGGUGCUCAAGCUGCUCUACAAUUCGCAAGGUAAUAUUUUGGAUGACGAGGAGCUUGUGGAAACGCUAAAUGACGCCAAGGAAACCUCACUUAUUAUUGCAACACGUCUCAUCGAUACCGAAGAAACGGAAAAACUCAUUACGGCUACGCGUGAAAAGUAUCGUUCACUGGCUUCACGUGGUGCCAUACUCUAUUUUGUGGUAGCUGGCCUAGCUGAUGUGGAUCCCAUGUAUCAAUACAGUUUGAAAUACUUUUCACAAGUAUUCUGUAAUGUUAUACGCCUGGAACAUCCUAAGCAAAGUAUCGAGGAACGCAUAGCACAGCUGAAACUGGACGAGUUGAAAACGAUUUUCGAAAAUGUCUCACGCGGUCUAUUCGAAAAUCACAAAAUCAUAUUCAGCUUUCUGCUAGCGACGGCAAUUGAGAAACAAGAAGGCCGCAUUUCUCAAACCGAUAUGAAUUUCUUGACGCGCGGCAGAGUGGGAGCUGUGCCCUUCAAACCUAAGCCGGACGAUUGCUUGCUAACCGACGAGGACUGGGAAACAUGCAUUUUUCUGGAAACUGAAUUUCCCGCUUAUUUUGGCGGCUUUAUUGCUGCGCUUGGCAAGCCUUUCUUUUUGCAAAUACUCAACACGAAGGAGGUCUUCAACUUCUCUUAUUCGAGAGCAACAGCUGUGGACACAUGGAACAAACGACUUACCAUUUUUCAUAAACUUAUGUUUAUACGCGUAUUCCGGCGUGAGCGUUUUCUGCUGCACGUGGUGCUGUAUUUAACCGCUACCAUAGGCAAAUACUUCACCGAAACAUCAGCAACAGGCAGUCAGUUGAAAACUGUUUUCAAUGACACCAACAACCUAACGCCUAUGGUCUUCGUGCUCUCUACAGGCUCAGAUCCCAUGGCCGCUUUUCUGAAGUUCGCCGAUGAAAUGAAAUAUAUGGAUAAGUUCUAUUCGAUCUCACUCGGUCAAGGACAAGGUCCGAUAGCUGAGAGCUUGAUCGAAAAGAGUUUGCGUCUGGGUCACUGGGUAUUCUUGCAGAACUGCCAUUUGGCCACAUCUUGGAUGCGUCAAAUGGAAGCCAUUGUGCGCAACAUUACUUUGGGCAUCAGCAAAGCGCAUGAUGAUUUUCGUCUCUUUCUCUCCUCUAUGCCAACAAAGAGUUUUCCCAUCAGUGUACUGCAAAACUCCGUCAAGCUAACAAAUGAGCCGCCCAAGGGCAUCAAAGCCAAUGUAUUGGGCGGACUUAACGAUUUGGAGAAAAACUUCUUCGAGAAGCAUGUAUUGCGCGAGAAAUGGCGUGCCAUUGUGUUUGGGCUGUGCAUGUUUCAUGCAGUCAUCCUAGAGCGACGCAAAUUCGGACCGCUCGGCUGGAAUAUCUUGUACGAGUUCAAUGAAAGUGAUCGUGAUUGUGGCCUCAAAACGUUGGAUUUCUUUAUCGAACGACAGAAGGUAGAUGAAAUUCCGUGGGAUGCAAUAUUCUAUAUAAAUGGUGAAAUAACGUGGGGUGGACGUGUCACCGACUAUUGGGAUCAACGUUGCUUGAAGACUGUAUUGAAAACAUUCUCGUCGCCACAGAUCAUUGAACCAGAUUACAAAUACUCACGCGGUGAUCCCUACUAUCGUGAUCCACAAAAACUAACUGUGCAGGAAUAUAUACAGUAUGUACAGAAAUUCCCGACUAUAGAAGAUCCGGAGAUUUUCGGCAUGAAUCAAAAUGCAAAUAUUGUAUUUCAAACAAAGGAGACGAACUUCUUUAUAACAACGCUGUUAAUGGGACAGCCACGCGCAGCGGCGGAUGAGGGACAGGCGGCGGAAAAUGAGAAUGCAGUGGAGGUUAUUCGCUCCGUACAAAGCGUGCUGAUUACAAAAAUCAAGCGCGACGAGCUUCACGAAUCGCUUAGAGUUCUGGAUGCCAAAGGUCAACUACCUUCCUUAACCACAGUGCUUGUGCAAGAGAUCGAUCGUUACAACAUCAGCCUACGCGUCUUACACGAUAGUCUAGUAAAUCUAUCAAAGGCCAUUAAAGGGCUCGUCGUAAUGUCCGAAGAGCUAGAGGAAGUAUUUAAAGCACUGCUCACCAAUCUUGUGCCUAAUUUAUGGGCCAAAAAGAGCUUUCUCUCCAUCAAGUCGCUGCCAAAUUACAUUGCUGAUUUCCAGCGUCGCGUCGAAUUCAUACAAAAUUGGGCGAGCAACGGUGGCCCACGUUCAUAUUGGAUAAGUGGUUUUUACUUUCCGCAAUCCUUUCUAACCGGCAUGCUUCAGACGCAUGCGCGCAAACGUGUGCUCCCAAUCGAUUCGCUUAAAAUAGAUUUUAAAGUCUACGAUCUGGUUAUCAUACAACAGUUGGUUUUUGAGCGGCACGCCAGCGGCAAGGAUGUUAAAGAUCUUUACGGUAGUCUACCAGAGUCGAAUGACUCUGGCGUCAAUGUGCAUGGCAUUUUCAUCGAGGCCGCGCGUUGGAACUCACAACGUGGUGGACUCUGUGAUGCGGAACAUGGCGAACUAUUUAGUCGCUUACCGGUUAUACGUUUCAUACCAUGCAUUAGCCUAGAUCCGGGCGAGCGCUACGAGGCACCACUCUACAAGACACAAGCGCGUUCUGGCGUGCUAUCGACGACGGGUCAUUCAACAAAUUUCAUACUCUCUAUAUUGCUGGAAAGCCGAAAUUCGCCUGACUUUUGGAUUUUGCGUGGCACUGCAUUGGUUUCUGGCGUUGCUGAUAAUAUUUCGUAAAAUGCCUAUGUGCGAGUGUAUGCUUUUGUUUAUAACGAACUUAAUUAAUUUAAUAAAAAUAAUUAGAAUAUA